GGACCGAGUAUUUUGAUUAUUUUGUUGUUUUGAACAUGACAUCUGACAAGUGAAAGUCUAACCUUUUUUGAUUUCUAAACUUCUAUAUUGCAUUUUUAUCGAAACGCAUUUUUUCGACCAUAGCUAUGAUGGACAAUGAUGCUGCUGCUCUGCAGAAUUUAGAGCACCUUAUGACACAGUUCUUUUCUCCAGAGACAACGAAUGAACGAAAACGUAUGAUUGAACAAAGUUUUCAGGAAUUUGCUGGCCAAAUUGAUUCUUGGCGGCCUUGUUUACAUUUUUUAUCUUCUACUAAUAAUCAUUAUGUUAGUAUGUUUGCUCUGUCUACGUUGGAGACAACAAUUGGACGACGAUGGCCAAUUCUUCCAUGGGAGGAUAGAGCUCUUACAAGAUCAACCUUAUAUACAUUAUCGUUAGAAAGAGGUGUAGCUCCUUUUGUAAGAAACAAAGUAGUCAAACUAGUCGUAGACAUUGCAAGGCACGACUGGCCACAUUUUUAUCCAGAUUUUUACUCAAACAUUUUACAGUUAUUAAGUCACAAACAUACAAGACUGUUGGGUCUCAUUUACUUGAGAACAGCUUCGGAGGAACUAGCAACUCCAAGAGAAGAUUUACCAAUGCAAAGGAAGAAUGAAUUGUUCAGAUUUCUUAGUGCUCAAGUGCCUUUGACUUUGGAUACUCUUGCAAUAUUUUUAAAAGAGACAACAAAGUUACAAAGUCGCUCUGGAACGGUUACUCCACCUCCUUCACCCACCAGUGGGCAAACUGUAGCACCUGCACGAGCUAUUUUAGACGUGGAAGGACUAGCCAUAGGAACUAGCGAAGUGUGUAUAGCGACGCUGGAUGUAUUGGCACAUCUGUUCAGUUGGAUCGAAUUGUCAGAGCAUAUUUCGACGAAUUUACUGAACGCCAUUUUUACCUGUGCAAGGUAUCAUGAUGCAAUGAAUGGUAAACAGAUAGAAAUGGCUGUACAAGCCGUGACUACAAUAAAUGAACUUUUAUAUCGACCAUUGUGCUCCCCUGAUGUAACAGAUAGAUUGUUGGUAGAAAUAUUUCAGAAUGGAAUUACAUUAUUUCAGUUUAUGGAACGUUUAGAUUCUGUAGAUGAUAGUUAUAUGGAGAAAUUAACAGAAUUUUUACAAUUAUUUGUAACGAAUCACCUGAAGAGAGUUGAAUCAUGUCCCAAAUUUCCAGUGAAUACAUUGCUAGAAGUCUUGUGUCAUCACACUUUUCAACAGUGCUCAACGGUGAAUGGAUAUCUAAGAUGCUUAGACGUUUGGACCACUCUCUUAGAAAGCACACAAUCUCAGUAUUCGCCAGUAGCGUUAGCUCUUGCCGAACGAGUAUUGCAGAAGAUGAGUUUUAAGCUCAACACCCGAGCAUUGAAAGAUCUUGAUACAGAAAGUUUAGAUGAAAAUGAGGAAACAGAAUGGCAGCAUUUCUUAAGAUGCAACAUAGAAUGUUUAGCAAAGGUGGCGGAUAUUUCUCCAAUUCCAGUUUUCACACUAUUGUUCCGUUCUUGGAGAGAAGGAUUAAUAAUAUUUGGAGAAUUAGGUGCUGCUAUUGCUAAUAAUCAAGUCAUUUUAUUAAACGAAUCGGAGGCUUCUAACGUACAUGCACAUUUGCGAGAUUUAGCUUCAACUACUCAAGCGUUAGCUAGGCUAUACUCACUUUUUCUUGGGGAUGAACAGAAUAUUAAUCAAUCGUUAGCGGAAGAAGUAGUAUCUCAAACGUUGGAUGCAUGUAAAUUUGCCAAUACUAACCACUUAUACAAAGCAUCGCUGCAACCAGCUGCAAUUGUAAUUGAUCUCAUAGAAGUACAUUCACAAUUAUUAGCAUCGCUCCAAGCUUGGUGUCAUUGGAUAGCCAAUAGGCCAGAGAAAACUAAAGAAUCACUAUGCCAACGUUGUAUCGAUUCAUGUAUUUUGGCAUUAGAUUACACAACAUUCUGUGAUAAUCCUCCACCAGCAAGUCUAACCCAUUCUGCCACACAUCUGUUUCAAAGUAUUACUGCAAUAUUGAAACCAAUUUUAUGGGACGAACCUACGUUUAGAAACUUAAUUUCUAUGAUAUCAUAUCCAUUUAUGAAACCUGAUACAAUUAAGGUGUUGCGCAGGGCAUUGGUGAAUGCAAUUAUUCUACCACAUGGUGAUGGAAUUAUCAGAGAAAGAUUAUUAGGUACCAUGAUAUCAACAUUAUCUACAUCUCUGGGUUCAGAGGGACAACCCGUACCUUCAGAAGCCGCAAUUUCAAUGACAGUAGUGCCAUUAACUCAGUUACUAGAAGACUGUUCAUCGUCAUCCACAACGAUAAAAAGGAUGUUGCACUCGUGUUUGGGAUCAACGAUAAAUCGAAUAUUAGAACUGUUGCCAUAUAUGAUAAGGUGUCAGAGCAUAUGUGAAAUUUUACUUAGUUUUCUACAUUCAGUAUUUUUAGUAUUACAACAGCAAUUAGGCCCGGAGUUUACCCAGAAUGCGGUUCAAGGAAUGUUGCAUAUUUAUACUAAGGAAAAUAUAUCUGUGGGACCUGCGUUAGAUCAAUUGUUAGAAAUUUUAAUAUUGGUCGUGUCGGCGCCUAGCAGUGCAUUUAAAACAUUUGUCCCUUCUGUGACCAAUUUAUGUUUAGGUCAAGUCUGGCCGGCUAUCGGAAAUAAUCUUAGCGUGCAUCCGGACACCACGCUUGUUUUAUUAAAACUUUUUCAUAGUAUUCUCAUGCAUCGAUGGCAAUAUUUUUAUAAUACUUCCGUGUUACGUACUCUUGGUCAUACAGACGAAGAUGAAUCCGUCGAACACAAGGAAGAACUGGUCGCAAUUUUAGAAGCUUUUGGCCAGGCACUUCUUCAACCAGAUGUGAAUAUAUUCCGACAAAGUUUGCAGAGUCUUGAACAGUUGAACGUACGGUGGCGACUUUAUCAACGAUCAGUGUUCAAGGUUCAUUUGCUCGAGAGAUUUCUAAUGGCAUUGUUCACCGUUCUGUUUCAACAAUCCCAUAAUUUAUUGGCAGAUGAAAUAGCAACAGCCGUUCAUAGUUUAGCUUCUGUUAAUAUAGCAUGGUUUUUCGGCCAUUUUCUACCAACAUUUUUAGCAAGCUGUGAAGGAGUGGAUGACAUGCAAAAAGCAACAUUGUUAGGAAACUUUGAUAAGUCUACGGACCAACCAACUUUAACGAGGUCAGUGCUUCAACUUAUUUCCGAUCUGAGAUGUUAUCAAUUUUGUCGACCCGGCUGAAGCAUUUACAUUUUAACGAAAAAGUGGAUUACAAUGAUACUGCUGAAUCAAAUUU